AUGAAGUUAUAUAUUUUCACCAUCGUCUGUGCGCUUUUACAAAUCAGUCACCAAAACCCUAGGAGCCACUGGACUCUGCUGCCCCACACUUUGGUUGUGGAGGUGGACGGCUCUAUGGGCCAGCAGCCCCUGAGCUGCCUGGAGUCACCUGAGGAGCUGGCGAGGAGCGUCAACAAGAGCGAGGAUAUAUUUUGGAUGAAGAAUGGAAAGAAGGAGCCACAGAGAGGAAACACAUAUCUGGUGCAGCUGGAGGAAAGCUUAGGAGGGGGCAACUACACCUGCCACAACAAGGAAGGAUCACUCCUCAAUCACACUGUGGUUCUGAUCCAAGAGGAGGAUCAUAGGAAGAUUCUUGUGAAAACUGACCAAGACUACUUAAAGUGUUCCACUCGAAAUUACAACGGAGAGUUCCACUGCUCUUGGACCUGGCACAGCAGUCGUGUUGGCAAAGUAGCAUUUAUCAAAGCUCGACGCGUUUCUGACGACGGAGUCACCCAGUGUUCUGUGGAUACCAGCAGUGAGCGUUGGGCAUGCUCUACAGAUGAGAGUAACUUCAGCUGCUCAGUGGACAACAGCGGACACAGUAUCUUGUGUGUGGACGAGCAGCACUGCCCCUACGCAGAAGAGAACCAGAAGAUCCACAUCACUGUCUACUUGAGAACUAAGCACUUCCUGGUAGAGAACUACUCCAGACGCUUUUACCUGUCAGAGAUAGUGAAACCUGACAAGGUGAGGAUCGCCAAAGUCAACAAUACGAUGAUAGAGUGGAGUUACCCAAGCUCCUGGAGCAGUCCCUUCUCCUACUUCCCCCUCAUUUUUGAGAUUGCACAGCUCAAGGGGAGAUGCAAAAGGUGUGAAAACCCAUGCUCAAAUGCCACAAAGACAUUGACAGUGCGCUCUCCAGACAUUUGUCAGUUUGAAGUCAAGAACAAAGCUAAGGCCGUCUGUAUUCGAGCUAAGGAUGCUCUCUGUAACUCGCAGUGGAGUGAGUGGAGCCACUUCAGAUUGAAGAAAGGCAAGAAGAACAAAAACAACAAACAGCAGUAACAUGUUUUUAUUAUGCUUUUCUAUAUUUGUAUUUAUCUUAUCUUAUAUCAUGGUAUGUGUAAUA